CCCACUUCUGAGCACCAAUCACUUCUCAGGGCAAAGAGCUGCUGCCCAGCUCUGUCCCUGCCCCUGCCAGUUUGGCUCAGCUGCUGAGGCGGCAGGAUGGGGAAGACGGUGCAGGAUCACCUCGUGGACACCCUAGAAGAGCUGGGGCAGGACCAGUUUAAGAAGUUCAAGACCAAGCUGAACACGUUCCCAGUGAGGGAGGGAUACAGCAACAUCCCCCGGGGCCGGCUGGAAAAAGCUGAUGCCCUGGAUGUGUGUGACAAGCUGAUCAGCUUCUAUCGGGAGGAGUAUGCGGUGGAGGUGACAGUGGAGGUCCUGACAGACAUCAAUGAGAGGGAGCUGGCAGACAGAUUCCGCAGGGCAACAGGGACUGGUUCCGGUGGCAAGGGGCAGCAGCCAGAGCCAUCCGACAGUGCCACAGGAAAGGAAGAGGAGCAUUUUGUCGAUCGAUACCGAGUGCAGCUGAUUGAACGUACCACACCUGUGGAGCCCAUUCUGGACCUUCUUCAUGGGACUGUUCUGGACAACGAGCAGUACCAGACCAUUCGAUCUGGGAGCACCAGCCACGAGAAAAUGCGGAAGCUGUAUCAGCUAAUGCCAAGCUGGAAUAAAAAGUGCAAGGACCGGUUCUAUGAGGCACUGAAAGCCAAGAAUAGGUUCCUCAUUGAAGACCUUGAGGGAAAUUAAGACAACCAAGAAGUUACGUUCCUUGUGAACAUGCAGUCAUUCCAGGUGCAUGCAACCCUAGCUCCAGAUUCCACAUGGCUUUCUGGGCAGGGUGGUGCUUUCACCCCUUUGCUAACAUUGUUUCAGGGUAAAAAACCUCUUUCCAGCGCUCCCUUUGGGGGUUGAAUGGGUGAGCCUGUGAUGAUGCAGCAGUGAGGAGGUCGCUAAGGGCUGUCUACACUGCAACUAAACACCGCUGCAGAUGGCCCGUGGCAGCUGAUGUAGGCUAAUGAAGCUCAGGCUAAGGAGCGGUUUAAUUGCAGCAUAGAUGUGUGGGCUUAGGCUGGAGCCUGGGCU